GCGUCCUCGUCGCGGCGUCGGAGCGCGUGCAGCACCACCACGCGACGCUCGUGCCCGUGCUCGCGCGGUCGCCCUUUGGGUUCGCCGUGCUGCGGCGCACGCUGGCCUUCGUCAUGCAGCUGUCCGCGUCCAUCGAGACGCCGCGGCUCAGGCUCGCCGUCGCCGGUUUGGCGCCCCGCGGCUUCCUCGCGACGGUCGACGGCGACGACGACGUCCGCGUCGACGCGGACUACUGCGCGCGCCUCGACGCGUCCGUGCGCCAGCUCGUGGACCUGGACGUCGUCAUCGAGCGGCGGGUCGCGCCCUACGCCGAGGCCGCCGCGGCGCUCCGCGGCGCGUCGCUCAAGGCGCUCAAGGCCGCGCACGAGCCCGCGGCGGACUGCCACUUCGCCGAGGUGCGCUUAGGCGAGGCGGACCGCGACGUUCACGGCUUCCACGCCGCGCGGCGAGCCGGCGCGCCCCUCGCGGCGUCGUCGAAGAAACUCGACGGCUUCGACUUCGCGUUAAAACCGUGCGGCGACGGCCGGACGCUGUUGGUCGAGCUCGCGCGGCCGCGGCCGCGGGGCGGCCCCGGCGCCGACGCGACGCCCCUCUGCUGCGGCCUCAGCGCGGGCGCCGAGGGCGAGGCCGAGGGCGCCGCGAGCCUCGCGGCGCGCGGCUCCUGGACGUCGAACGGCGCCGACGACGGCGCCGCCGACGGCGCCGCCGCACCGCCCGCGACCCUGCUCGCCGCGGGCGACCGCGCGGCGGUCCACGGCCUCGACUGCGCGGGCACGCUCAACGCGCUCGCGCGGGCCCACGGCGACCGCGUGCUCCGGGACCGCGUCGCGCUCGCGCAGGCGUCGCUGGACGCCGCGGCGUCGGACGCCGCCGCGGGC